AUGCAUCUUGAAGCAUUUUCCUUGCCACUGGCUCCAUGUUGGGGGGCAUGGCGGCGUCGCUACGGUGCUCGGGGCUAUCCCUUCGGUGGUGGGGGUCGUCCCUCCAGUGCUGGGGGUCGUUCCUCCGGUGGUGGGGGUUGUUCCUCCAGUGCUGGGGGUCGAUCCACCGAUGCUGGGGGUCGACCCUCCAGUGCUGGGGGUCGUUCCUCCAGUGCUGGGGGUCGUUGCUCCAGUGCUGGGAGUCGUUCCUCCAGUGCUGGGGGUUGUCCCUCCAGUGCUGGGGGUCAUUCCUCCAGUGCUAGGGGUCGUUCCUCCGAUGCUUGGGGUCGUUCCUCCAGUGCUGGGGGUCGUUCCUCUGGUGCUGGGUGCCUUCUUCCAACACCGCCCAUUUACGGCAGCGUAGUCUUCCAUCAUAAAUAUACCAACAACAACCAGCAGUUUGCACGCCAACAUUUUGCAAACCAUCUCUUCACAGAAUAA